AUGGAUCAGUCCACUACUCUGGACAUAGAGUCACUGAAGAUCACCCAGGAGCAGUUCAUCCUCGCCUCCCAGUCCCUGCACCUCCAGCGGCCGGGCUGCGAUGCCGUCUACCCGGUGGGCCUGUACGGCUGGAGGAAGAGAUGCCUCUACUUCUUCCUGCUGCUGCUCCUGGUCACCAUGAUCGUUAACCUGGCGCUCACCGUCUGGAUCAUCAAAGUCAUGAAUUUCUCAGUGGAUGGAAUGGGAAACCUCCAUUUGAACCAGGACGGGAUUCGCCUGGAGGGGAUCUCCGAGUUCCUGCUGCCUCUCUACGUGAACGAGAUCCAGUCAAGAAAGGAAAGCUUGUUGGCCUUUCGAUCAGAGAAGAACGUGACGCUGAACGCCAGAGACGAGCGCGGCCAGCUGACCGGCCAGCUCACUGUGGGACCUGAGGCUGUGGAGGCCCAGUGUCAGAGGCUGGAGGUGCGAAGUCGAGAUGGAGGAAGACUCCUGUUCACUGCAGAUGAAGAGGAGGUCACCAUGACAACAGAAAAGUUCACCGUCACAGGUUCCGAAGGCGCUGUGUUUGGACAUUCAGUAGAAACUCCUCUGAUCCAGGCGAAGGCAUCCGAAGACCUGAGAUUGGAGUCUCCAACGCGGACUCUGACCAUGGAGGCUCCCAGGGGGGUCGAGGCGAGCGCCGCCCAGGGGCCGCUGAAGGUCAGCAGCCGAAAGGAUCUGCUCCUGGAGUCAACAGAGGGCGAGAUUCUUUUAGACGCCAGCACCGUGCAGCUGGGCAGCCUCCCGCUCGGCGUCUACACGGCGUCUCCCAGUCAGGCGGCCCACGAGCAGGCCGUGUUCGAGGUGUGCGUCUGCCCCAGCGGCAAGAUCUACCUCUCUCCCGCCGAGAGCAGCUCCACCUGCCAGGCCAUGAGCAGCAUCUGCCUCUGGAGCUGA